AAGCGACAGCUUACACAUUGGGAACGGCUAAUGGAGUCAGAUGGGAGUGAAGAAAUACAAUGGCAAACAGUCGAACAGCGAAAGUGUGGUGGGAAGAACUUGUAUUACAAAAUGUACUGCGUUAAAAUGGAGCAGUUCCCAGCAGACAUUCACAGGUUUUGUGACCCUGAGUUGCAACAUGGGCGAAGACGAGAGUUGGUUUAUCUACUGAGGAAUGUGGAUGAAUUGAGUUGCCAAAAGCUGCAAAUAUUAUUUUCUUUUUCUGUUCCAAAUAUAGAAGCAAUUAGGUUCAUUGCAGAUUUAAAUCAGCCUAUAGUUUCAGCUGGUGCUGGAACCGGAUACUGGGAGUAUCUGCUUCAGAGCCAAGGAGUAGAUCUGAUAUCAUUUGACACAAAUACUAUUUAUCCGCCUGAAAUGCGAUAUUCAGAGAUUUUGACCAGUGACCCUGAAAUGCUUGAGCAGUUUCCUGACAGAGUGCUUUUUCUGGCCUGGCCGGACAUAGACGAGUCUUCAACAUUUUCUCUUGAUUGCUUAAGCUAUUUCAGAGGAGAUAUCAUCCUUCAUGUUGGGGAGUUACUGGGUGAAACACUGUCAGCCAAUCACUGGGGACAGUCAACGUCUCGCAAUUUCCAGCUGGCACUUGCAGAAGAUUUCUGCUGCCUGAGCAGAGUUAAACUCCCAAACUGGCCAGGCCACUUAGACUCCUUAACCAUGUGGAAAAGAAAGAAUCCUCAAUCAGUUGUGUGUGAUGGAGCAAAUUUUUAUUAUGUCAAUCCUAAGUACAGAAUGUAUUUAUAAUGAUUAGAUAAUAUUGACCAUAAGUCAGUGACGGGUGUAUUUCAUUUAAAUGUUGUCAGUUUACAUUAAAGCAGCUGGAUAUAUAAGUUUUUUUAAAGUCUUGCUGAAAAGCAAAAUGUAAAUUGAAGUUGGAAAGCUAAAAUGCUUGUGGUACUGAGAACACAACUACUCAUGGUUGAUGUGCUGUGUGGCUCACAGUCAAUUGCCCUUCUGUGGUUCAUUUCCCAGAGCCCACCAAUUUAUUAUGGUUGUCUGAUUUCAUAAUCUGAAACUCUGAUGAGUCUCUCCUGCUGACCAGAUUUCAAACUUUAAAACAAGUGAUUCCACAGGGAUUACUUAAGACAAAGAGAUGGAAGCAUUUUUGUAACUUUUAUUUGAGUAUUUCAAAUAAACAGCCCAAGUUAUUGUGAUGAGAUGUUAAACCAGUUACAGUACACAGAUUGUUGUUCUACGAUAGAAAGUAGUACAAGUGUACCCAUAGAUUUCCUUUGCAGGCCCUCCCACUGUGCUCUGUUGAUUUGUUGCUUUACUCCUGAAUGCGGCGGAGUGACUGAAUCUGGAAAGUCUGAGCAUGGGAUCCCCACUCUCUCCAAUGCUUGUACUCUCCAGCAUGGCGAUCACAUUCCAUGAUGUACUGGAAGCCACGGUAGCCUGGGUACUGGUAGCACACCCAUCUGGGGCAGAAAAACAGCAUUCUUUACUUAAGUGAACUUCAAAUUUUCAUUAAAUUGCCUUAAACGUGAACCAGUGCAUAUAGCUGCAGAUGCAAUUACUGUGAGAUCAUGUAAGAUUGGAUGACGAGAGUUCAGUGACUACAGAAGGAACAGCUUAAACAACCCUCUUUGGUUAUUAGAUUAGAUUAGAUUUACAGUGUGGAAACAGGCCCUUCGGCCCAACAAGUCCACACCGACCCGCCGAAGCGCAACCCACCCAUACCCCUACAUAUACCCCUUACCUAACACUACGGGCAAUUUUUUUAGCAUGGCCAAUUCACCUGACCUGCACAUCUUUGGACGGUGGGAGGAAACCGGAGCACCCGGAGGAAACCCACGCAGACACGGGGAGAACGUGCAAACUCCACACAGUCAGUCGCCUGAGGCGGGAAUUGAACCCAGGUCCCUGGCGCUGUGAGGCAGCAGUGCUGACCACUGUGCCACCGUGCUGCCCUCUGUGCCACCGUGCCGCCCUAUUUUUCAACUAGUUAAAAUUGAUCAACCAAGUUAUUUUCUUCAGGCCUAAGGUAAAACGUUAUUUUAGAUAUAACAAACCCGACAAGAUCUUCAAGUUGCUAAGGUGUACAAGAUUGUACUGAAUCCAGUGAAGUAUUCCUCCUUAAGUUCCAAUAAUCAAUCUUUACUGAAAACACUGUACAUGAAUAGGAAGGGAAAUACGAAUAAGUUAAUUUAGGAUAUCUGGUUGAAAUGGAUGAGUUGGACCGAAGGGUCUGUUUCUGUGUUGUACAACGAAAUGACUACUCACGCGCCAGCUUGAACCUUCAUGGAUCCAACUUCAUUGUUGCACCAUCCCAUGGCUUGCAAAGAGGGGUAGUCAUCACACAUCUCCCACUGUCUUCCAAUGAAGUUUUCCUUCUCAAAAAUGACAAUUUUGGAUUCUUUAUGGUGCUAAAGGAAAAUGAUAUAUAUUUUGAGUACACUUGAAUAGCUGAGUUACUGUUACCAGUGAACAAAACAAUGUCAGCAUUUAAGAAGUACUGAGUGUAUAUCUCUGUAAUUCAGUAUUUUAUAUUUGUCACAAAGGAUGUAAAAUUUAAAUUUCUAUACCUUUCCUUGCAGCAUCUCAUUUUACUCCUGAGAAUAAAGUUGCUAUUCAUGUUCCCUUUAUGUUCAAUUAUAUCUUGUGGAGCAUGCUGACUGCAUCUAAAACCAGCCUUGUUAUAGGCUGACAGAUGCAUCAUUAAACUUUAACAUAGUUACCAAGGACUUCAAUUAGAGAAGUACAUUUCAGCACCGUUCAUUUCUUUUAUUGUGUUUCAACACCAGGUAUUAAUGACAUCAUUCUACCAAUAUUCACAAAUCAGUAUCCCCGUCUCUGUAUUUGUGAUCAUAAAGGCAUCCAGGAGCUUGAACUUUAUGAAUAGAGGCACAGCUUAUAAAAGCAAGGAAGUUAUGAACCUUAAUAAAACCAGUAGUUUGUAGUCAGCUGGAGCACAAUGAUAGAUGGGAGAAGUUGGGGUUGGAAAAGAGAAGGUUAAGGGGAGAUUUGGUAGAAGUGUCCAAAAUCUAGACAGAGUUGAUAGAAAGAAACUUUUUCCAUCUGAGAUGUUGUUCAAGAACCUGAAGAUACUCAAGGUGUGUGGAAAAAAGAUGCUACAGGAACAUGAGAAAGAACAAUUUCAAUGCACUGAGUGGUUAGGAUCUUAAACACUGUGUGUGAAUAUGCUGGCAAACGGUCCAAUUCUGGCUUUGGAAAGGAAAUUGGAUAAACACGUUUUUGAAGAGAAAAAAUUGCUGAGCCAGAGGGUAAAUUGGGGAUUGGGUUUAACAAUGAUGCUGUUGCAGUGAACCAUAUACCCAUGAUGGGCUGA